GUAGCCAAAGUAGCUUGCUGAACCAAUCCACCGCAGUGCCUGGGACAGAUAGAGUGAAAGAGAGAGUGAGGGAUUUAGAGGAUGGGUAAGGGGGCUUAAGGGAAAAACACACAGAAGAGAGAGAGAGUGAGCGAGACCAAAAUCCACCAAGCCUCCCUGGUGUGAGGUUUCUUGGCUACUGACGUGUGCGCACGACUCUCGUGGCAGGAUGAGUUCGUGUAGCAGCCGUGCGUUGACCAUCCUGUCCACAGUGUUCGGAGCCUGCGGGCUGCUGCUGGUGGGGGUGGCCGUGUCCACAGACUACUGGCUGAUCAUGGUGGAGGGCAUCAUCCUGCAGCAGAACCAGAGCAUGGAGGUGAAGAUGGCGCUGCAUUCAGGCCUCUGGAGAGUUUGCUUCGUGGCUGGAGCAGAAAAUGGGAGAUGCGUUGCGUCGGAGUACUUCACUGAACCUGAUAUAGAGAUCACUACUGAAAACACUGCAAAUAUCCUCAAGAUGGUGCGGACAGCCACGCCCUUCCCGAUGGUGUCGCUGCUCUUCGUCUUCACGGCCUUCGUCAUCAGUAACAUCGGCCACAUCCGGCCUCAGCGCACUAUCCUGGCCUUUGUGUCCGGCAUCUUCUUCAUCCUCUCAGGCCUCAGUCUGGUGGUGGGUCUGGUGCUCUACAUCUCCAGUAUUAAUGAUGAAGUGAUGAACCGGCCCAGGGAGCCCGAGCAGUUCUUCAACUAUCACUAUGGCUGGUCCUUCGCCUUCGCUGCCUCUUCCUUCUUACUUAAAGAGGGGGCCGGUGUGAUGUCAGUCUAUCUGUUUAUGAAACGCUACGCCGAGGAAGAGAUGUUCCGCCCCCACCCUGCACUCUACCGCCCCCGCCUGUCUGAGAGUAGCGACUACAGCGGCCAGUUCCUCCACCCAGAAUCCUCCUGGCCUCCGCCGAAGCGAGGCCGCAGCACCUCUGAAGCCUCCAGCGACAUCUCCAUCCAGCUCAAUCAGGCACCCCCACCACCGCCCAAAAGUGGCCACCAUGGGCAGGGCAGCCCGCCUUCUGGGUCUUCUUCUGCAGGGAGCUACCAAAUGCCCCCACAGUCUGUUGGCUACCCCACGCACACCCUCACCAGGUCGCACGCCUCACAUCCCCAAGGCCAGGCUCUUCCCAUGGCCAUGCCUCCAUCGCCCGUACCUCCCCCUCACUAUCACACACACAUGCACAUGAGCGCCUCCCCCUGUUAGGAAGAGGGAGCAUAAGGGAGGGAAGGAGAGACACUGACUCCUCAUAAUCACGUAUACUGUACAUUUAGAUGUGGAUGAGAGUAAAUGCUGAGCUCGGAGCAAUGAUCAUGUAAGAUAAGGUGGAGGGAGAGGCGAUAAAACGUAAUAAAAUGUAGCUUUGGAACAAUAUGAACCAAGAACAAAGGAGGUGUUGGAGAAUGAAAGGAACAUUUUUACGGGAGUGUGGAGAUUUGUCAGAAACUGUGAUGGACAAAUAAAAAUAAAAACAGGGAACGAGUGGAAAGAAAAAGAGGAAUUCGGUUUGUUAUGAUGGAAAGAGGCAAAAAAAAGUGUUUCCUAGAAAGACUUUAGAGGUUAGGUUGAGUGACAGAGGAGAUAUAGGGGAGGGAGAGUGAGGCAGGGAGAGCGAGGGGCUGCGGUAUAAUACAAAGAUACCGCAGUGCUGCAGGAAAUUUGUAUGCACUUGGAAAUGUACAAUGCAAAACACUGAUCACAAAGACUGAGGAUGCACAUAGUUUUAUACAUACAUAAUUCAAAAGAAAACAUGGACUACGUACCUUUUUACCAAAAGGUAAAUGUGGUAAAAUAUAUGUGUGUCUUCUUUGAAUUUCUUACAUCAUCAAUCCAGUUUCAUAGCUCACAAUGUCAAAGUAGUAUUAUUAAUAAUAUUAAUUUAAAAAAUAUUAGUUUAACAAUAGAGUAAUUCUGAAAUGACAACACUGUAUGUGAAUGUUGUUAAUCUUUGUAAAAGAAAAAAAAUACAGACAGAAGUGGAUGAUGUUCUGAAAUAUCAUAAGGAGAAAUCUACUUUAUGUUUUACAUAUUUGUUUAAGAUACAAAUUUCUAAACUUCUUGUAUAUAAAAUUGCACAUGACGACUUCUAAUAUAGCUGUUGUAAAUUAUGAAUGAAGCUUUGGCACAAGUCACAUCAAGAAAAUGUCUGACUCAUCUUGCUUUGGAUGAAGACUCUGCAACAGGCGCACUCCAACCAACAACGCACCCUCUGGAUGCAGCGCACGCUGGUUUGAAGGAGGAAUCACCCGACCCUGAUAUGGCGGUCUGAUGCCCUCUACUGGUCGCUGUUCUGCACUGACCUUGGAUCAGCUUUGGGGCUCGGGUCACGACUUUUCCAUGCACUCUUCCUUCCUCACUGACCUGCACUGUGCGUCAGUUGACGGUGCCGCACAGAUGAGUUGGACUGAUGCUGGUAUGGUGAAUGUCGGGAGCAACGUGACAUGCCAUUUUGAACGGGCACAUGGAUCAAGAUUUAUGCUUUGAAGACUGGUUACAAGUAUUUUUUAAAAGCUUCAAUGCUGUUGAUAUAUCUGGAAAACUCACAUGAUGAAAGUAUUAAUUACAUUUUGCACUUACUGCUCAAAGGACAAUACUACUGUUUGUGAAACGCAGGUCCUCGUUACAUACAAGUAGAGACCGCUGCUUUAUUCCAAUAUGUUCAGUGGACAUUUGUGACAUCAUGCCAAAGGUUUCUAGAGUACCUGAAAAAAAUAUGUUUUAAUGAAAACACUGAGCUCUCUUGUGUUUAGGGCUCACCUCAUGAUAAUUUUCAUUAUCGCCUAAUCUGCUGAUUAUUUUCUCAAUUUAUCGUUUUGUCUAUGAAAUGUCAGAAAAUUGUGAAAAAUGCCAAUUGUAAUGGCCCACAGCUUAAGAUGAUGUAUUUAAGUAGCUUAUUUUAUUCGACCAACAGUCCAAAACACAAAAAACAUUCAGUUUUCUACCAUUUAUGACCAAGAAACGUAUCAAAUCAUCAUAUUUGAGAAGCUGGAACCAGCAAAUGUUUGGCAUUUUACUUGGAAAAUCUGUUAUUAAAUUAGUGCUGAUAAAUUGUUGUUGAUGGACUAAUGAUUAAUCAGUUUUCUGAAUUUUAAGAUGAUCCCACAUGGGUCAGAGUAGCACUUCCUUCAACAUUGUGGGGACUUUGACGUUCACUUUAACCAAAUAUGGAUAUAUUGUGUUUGUUUGGAGUAAGUAAUACAUUUUCAGAUGCUUUAGAACCUUAAUUCUCAGAUCAAGUUGCUCUUAAAUACUGUACAGUAUCUCAACAAUGAGAGUAGUAAUCUUGGGUAGAUAAGCAGGACCUGUGUAUCAAAAACAGUCAUAUUUUAAUUUAGAAUAGUUUAUUUUGUUUGUUUUUAAGGCACAUCAUGGAUAUGUCAAUACUAUAUAUCUCUGUAAUGAGAAUUAAACCACCGUGUCAUUGUGUAAUGGCUGGUUUUCAUUAUCACUGUGAUGCUGGAGAGAGGGAAACACACGGAUGUCCUACAGAAGAUGUGUUACACACUUACAGGGGAGAAUAUAAAGUGAGAUCAUGGAGAUAUUGUCAUAUUUUGGCCUUUAUACAGGCGUUUUGUAGAGCAAGCAUGUGGUUCUUCAACACCGCCCUGCUUUUUGUUUAUGCAGUCGCACAAAUUCAUAUUGAGGUGAAGCCCAGUUGUAACUGCAGCCUGCUGUUGGCUCUGCUCUUACAGUUAAGGGGUUAAGUGCCUUGCUCAAGGGCACCUCAGCAGUAGCUGUUGCAGAAGAUCAAAGUAUUUCUCUUUGAAGUUUUCUUUCUGACCAACAGGCAUCUAAACCUUCUGGUUAAAAUAGACUGCUGACUCCAUCAGGACCUUUGUAACUGUGGACAGCUGCCUCGUUUCUUCCUCUACGUCCCUAACUCCCAUUUUAAUUUGUGAAACCAUUCGAUAAUUAUUUGGUCCCUCUUAAACUGCGGCAGUUCUUCACUUUCAUCUCUGUACCUCUUUGUUUUUCCCUCUCUACUACCCCCAGCUUUUUUUUUUCUUUUUCUCUACAUGAUUACAUAAAAGGGUGUAGCUGUGCUUGCUUCUGCAUAAAUCCUGGACUUAUUGCACAUGACCAUCUUUGUAAAGAAACAAAAAAUGGGUAAAACAAAUGCUUUUUAAUGCUUCAAUGGAACUGAUGCUGUAUAAUCUCGAGUUAAAUAAAUCAAUAGCAGUUGUGAUUAAGAUCACUGUUCUUGAAAGUGUUGACAUCCGUCACACACUUUCCUCUAAACAUGAAUAAAACUUUCAACAUGGGUUCAUUUCA